AGCCCACGGACGAGAAGCUGCGGGGAGCUGCGGGGGGCCAAGCUGGUGAUCGAUGUGAUUCGCUACGAGCCCCCCCACAUCAAGAAGGCGCUGCAGUUCGCGUGCGGCAACGCCCUGGUGUGCGACAACGUCGAGGACGCGCGCAGGAUCGCCUUCGGGGGCCACCAGCGGCACAAGACGGUGGCCCUCGAUGGGACGCUGUUCCAGAAGUCGGGGGUGAUCUCGGGCGGUGCCAGUGACCUCAAGGCCAAGGCUCGGCGCUGGGGGGAAGCGAAGAAAAGCCUGACCCCAAACAAGCUCAAGGAGAAGAAGGAGAGGCUGACGGAGGAGCUCAAGGAGCAGAUGAAGGCCAAGCGCAAGGAGGCCGAGCUGCGCCAGGUGCAGUCCCAGGCCCACGGGCUCCAAAUGCGCCUCAAAUAUUCCCAGAGUGACCUGGAGCAGACCAAGACCCCGGCACCUGGCACUGAACCUGCAGGUUCUCAAAGUGACCUGGAACAGACCAAGACCCGGCACCUGGCACUGAACCUGCAGGAGAAGUCCAAGCUGGAGAGCGAGUUGGCCAAUUUUGGGCCGCGCAUCAACGACAUCAAACGAAUCAUCCAGGGCCGGGAGCGCGAGAUGAAGGACCUGAAGGAGAAAAUGAACCAGGUGGAGGACGAGGUGUUCGAGGAGUUCUGCCGCGAGAUCGGGGUCAGGAACAUCCGCGAGUUCGAGGAGGAGAAGGUCAAGAGGCAGAACGAGAUCGCCAAGAAAAGGCUGGAGUUCGAGAACCAGAAGACGCGCUUGGGCAUCCAGCUGGACUUCGAGCGCAACCAACUGCGGGAGGACCAGGAGAAGGUGCUGAUGUGGGAGCAGGGCGUGCGCAAGGACGAGGCCGAGAUCGAGAAGCUCAAGAAGGAGGAGCAGCGGCACAUGAAGAUCAUUGACGAGACCAUGGCGCAGCUGCAGGACCUCAAGAACCAACACCUGGCCAAGAAGUCGGAGGUGAACGACAAAAACCACGAGAUGGACGAGAUCCGCAAGAAGCUGGGCGGGGCCAACAAGGAGAUGACGCACCUGCAGAAGGAGGUGACGGCCAUCGAGACCAAGCUGGAGCAGAAGCGCAGCGACCGCCACAACCUCCUGCAGGCCUGCAAGAUGCAGGACAUCCGUCUGCCGCUGGCCAGGGGCUCCAUGGACGACAUCAGCCAGGAGGAGGGCGGUGGCACGGGUGAGGACGCCGGGGGCAGCUCCCAGCGCAGCUCCAGCCUCUACGCCCGCGAGGCCCUGAUCGAGAUCGACUACAGCGACCUGCCCGAGGAGCUCAAGGACGCGCAGGCCGAGGAGGAGAUCCGGCAGGAGAUGGCCGCGCUGCAGCAGCGGCUGUGUCCCCGUGACGCGCAGGCCGAGGAGGAGAUCCGGCAGGAGAUGGCCGCGCUGCAGCAGCGGCUGACGGAGCAGCAGAGCGUCCUGCAGCGCAUCGCCGCCCCCAACAUGAAAGCCAUGGAGAAACUGGAGAGCGUCAGGGACAAGUUCCAGGAGACCUCGGAUGAGUUCGAGGCCGCCCGCAAGCGCGCCAAGAAGGCCAAGCAGGCGUUUGAGCAGAUGAAGAAGGAGCGCUUCGACCGCUUCAACUCCUGCUUCGAGGCCGUGGCCACCAACAUCGACGAGAUCUACAAAGCGCUGUCCCGGAACAGCAGCGCGCAGGCAUUUUUAGGCCCCGAGAACCCGGAGGAGCCGUACCUGGACGGCAUCAAUUACAAUUGCGUCGCCCCCGGGAAGCGUUUCCGGCCCAUGGACAACCUGUCAGGGGGGGAGAAAACCGUGGCAGCGCUGGCCCUGCUCUUCGCCAUCCACAGUUACAAGCCGGCCCCGUUCUUCGUGCUGGACGAGAUCGACGCCGCGCUGGACAACACCAACAUCGGCAAGGUGGCCAAUUACAUCAAGGAGCAGUCGGCCGCCAACUUCCAGGCCAUCGUCAUCUCCCUCAAGGAGGAAUUUUACACCAAGGCCCAGAGCCUGAUCGGCGUCUACCCCGAG